AAACAGGAGAAAUUGCCGUGCCGCUGCGCGUGUCUGCUGGGCAACCGCAGCUUUCCAAAAACACUGGGCACACCGGGUGGACUUUAGUUGCCAGAGCGACAAUCUCCAAGAGAGGACCUUUCAUUUCUGCAUCACUCUUUCAUACAUCCACGAGAGUUUUAAAGUCAAGAUGGGUUGUUCAGGCAGCACGCAGGCUAACCAAACUCAGGCCAGCCCGACAAAUAAUACCAGGCCCGCAUCGCCGCCGAAGGAAGCCGCUGUCAAGCCGACCGUCCGAGAAGACCCGCCAGCUCAACAGGAAGAGACGCCUGUCAUCGAUACAGACCCCAAGAAGGAGGAACAAGACAAGAAUGAAGAAGAGAAGAAAGAUGAAGAAAAGCCGGUAACCGAAGGAGAAGGGACGUCAGAUGCACCCGCAGAACAGACAGAAAACAAGCCAGAAGAUGCAGGAGAAACAACAGAGCAGCCAGCCGGAGAGGAGGUACCAGCCACUACAGAACAGUCAGCAGAAUCUACAGAACAGCCAGCAGAAACUACAGAACAAGCAGCAGAGUCUACAGAACAAGCACCAGCUACAGAAGAGCCAGCGGCAGAGCCAGCUGCUACAGAGGGUGGGGAAGAAGCAAACAAAGAAGAAACACAGGCCCCUACAGACACUCCUGCAGAGGCUGAAGCUGCAGCACCUGAUGCCACAGAAGCACCUGCAGCUACAGAAGAACAAGCUCCAGCAGCUGAGUAAUAAACACCUGGCAGUUAUCUGGUGUCUUUCGUGGGCACACUAAAUAAGUACACAAAUAUUUUGUCUAGUCACAAAGUGUAUACUAUGCAAUAGAAAUUUUAUUUCAUGCCUUACAAAUGGCAUUGAUUAGUUUGUCAUAGAGAUACUAUUUUUCUGUUCUAAUGUUACACCUACUUAAAGAAAGGUUAUGUAUUUCAACAAAGAAACAUCUUCUUAAUUCUGGUAGUGGGACAACUUUCAAGCAAUUUGAUGGGUGCACGUGCAAUAAAGACACACUACAGUCAUUGGAAUCCUGGACAUUGUUUCAUACAAAUGUCCUUAGUUUAUUUCAGAUAAAAGGCCUUAAUAUUUUCUGCAAUGUACUGGAAAUGAGGAAGGUACCAUUAGGCAAUAUUACAGAUUAUCUUUCUUUGUAUUUGGGCAUUGCAAUAUCUAGAUGAGGAGGUCAUCUUAAACAUUGUAAGUUUUUACUGGAUUGCCAUAUACAUGUCUGACACAUCAGUAUUACAAACGUACAGGAGUUUGAGCCUCUGGGAUAGGAGACUUAAAAAGAUGCCUUACAGACAAGUCCAACCUCAAACUAAAAUGAAAAAAUACAAAGGGGGAGUAUAAUGUGCCCUUCAAACAACAUAACCACACUCAACGAGUGUUUGAACAGUGUAUUAGUACAGUACAUUUUCAUUCUUUUCUUGCCAAGUUGGCUAUCUUGUACAAAGAUGUAUAUGUUGUACAUUUUGUAGCAGAAAUAUCCUGUAGAUUUUUAGAAAUGUUUCUAGAGUAAUUACAUGAGGUGUAAUUAUAGAAAAUGUUUAUUUUGUCAAUAUACACAAUUUGCUGUAGUGCAAAUUAUUGUUUUACAAUGUUUGAAUCCAUUUCACAAAAUAAUGACAGGAACUAAACAAUAGUGUGCUGUUGAUGAAAUGACAUUCUUAAAGUAAUACAUGAUAGUACUACAACAGAGCAGUUCUAUACUGUGAAUGAUAUCACAUCUGGGCUUGUGCAUUCGAGUGCUGAUUGUCAUUGUUGCACACUUAGCAGAAGUUACAAUGCACUGUUACAAGUCUCAUAGUAGAUUUCACAAUUAUUGCAUAAUGAAAUAUGACACAUUUACCAUUAUUGUACCAAAGACUGUUUUGACGUUACAUGAGUAACAGGAGAGGUUAUGGUGAAAGGAACCUACAAAUUUUGUACCAGUUGUUUUUUUAAAAGUCGGCAACAUGUUCGUAACAAAUGUAUGAUUUUUCUCAUUAGGUAUCAUAAAAAUUAUGAGCAAUAUGAGUCUACCUGGAAAAAAAUCUUUUAUUAUUUGUAAUCAAUUUUGGGUCAAACCAAUCCAUUAUCAAUUUGUUGACACUGAAAUUGCUACAUCAGUCUACUACUCUCUUUACUUUGAAUCUGUCUGAAAUAUUUGCUCAAAGUGACUUUUCAUAGAACACAAGUCAUAAUUUCCAGUAAAAGUGAAGUCCAAACUUAGAUAUUACUGUACUUUGAGACACAUGCAUUUUCAAUGGUGAAUGACUUCUACUGCAAUUUUUCUUACUUUGCAUUAGCAUCCGUAAGGCAUAUAUCAGUCUCCUGGUAAAAGGAAAAUGACUUAUACUAAUGAGUGAUGUAUGUUGUGUACAUUUUGAAGUGAACUGAUGGAAACCUGUAUGUAGUCACUAUAUAAUCAUAUAGCCUGUGUGGAUACAGAUCUACUGUACUCCUUGCCAUUUUAUGCACCAUGAGUAAUGUACUUUAUCAUAUUUAUCACAGGUUAUUUAGAUAACUGUUGCUUGAUUUUCGGUGGAAGAGAAAAAUGGUGAAAAUUCACAAUGGAAUGGGAACUUAAUCUAUGGAGUUCAGGGGAGAGGUCCUUCACAAGUAUGGAUUUUAAUGAUGAAUGAAAAUUGUCUGAACUACAACCCAGCCUAUUUUACCAAAAUCUCUUCAGUUGCCUUUGCAUGUUCUGAAGACAAAUAGAAAUGUUUGUCUGCAGUUUUCAUCCGUCCUCAGUAGCAGCGUCUCUUCAAAAUGACUUCAAUAUACCUCAAUUUAAGUGAAACUACUUUUCUACACUAUUUUUGUAAAGGUUUCAAGAAAUUAUAAAUGCUUGCAUUGAAACAUAUUAAAAACCUGAUAAAAGUAGCUUGACUCCAAA